GCGACGCUCAGUGCUUCGUGUUAGAUCCUCGCGGAUCGUUUGGCGCGUCGCAGAUCGCGGGUGUGUUAUUUUGUUAAAUAUCCAUCAUCAUGAUCUUCCAACCGGAUCUUGCGCCAUACGGCGAAAUGGAAAGUCACUUUCAGAGCAAACCACCGGAAGAGGAUAUGAUGGGACAGUUGCAGCAAAAUAAUAAAAGAUCCACAAUGACGUUAAACAGGAGCGGACUGUGGGAUGUGGUUCCACGAUUGGAUCAUUAUAGAUUAAGCCGUCGCGCGAAAAGACCGUCUCUGAGCACUCUGCACGAAGGAAAUCUCAUAAAGGACGCCAAUGCCGUCGAGACCGGGCAGGUCGGGAGCGUCGCCGGUCAGCAGGGUCACGUCGGAAUAAAAUUAGGAUGGAUUCAAGGUGUCCUCAUACCAUGCCUGCUCAACAUAUGGGGCGUAAUGCUGUUUCUGCGACUUUCGUGGGUAGUCGCGCAGGCCGGCAUUCUGCACAGCCUCGUCAUUAUCGGAAUAUCGGCGAUCGUCUGCGUCAUUACGACGCUUAGCCUCAGCGCAAUUAGCACUAAUGGGGAAGUAAAGGGAGGUGGAAUAUACUUUAUUAUAUCUCGUUCUCUCGGACCGGAGUUUGGUGCAUCGGUUGGUAUUGUAUUCGCAUGCGCGAAUGCCGUAGCAGCUUCGAUGAACACGAUCGGUUUCUGUGAUUCCUUGAACGAUUUACUCAAGACAUACGGCUUAAAGAUCAUAGAUAACAGCGUGAAUGACAUUAGAAUCAUCGGUAUAAUAGCGCUUAUUGUUAUGGUUCUUAUCUGUGCGAUCGGCAUGGAAUGGGAGUCAAAGGCCCAAAACUUCCUCAUAGCUGUCAUCUUGGGUGCAAUCUUCGAUUUUUUGAUUGGAACCAUUAUGGGACCACAAAAUGAGGAACAAAAAGAAAAAGGUUUCAAAGGCUUUUCAUCGAAAGUAUUUAUGGACAAUCUGUGGUCGGACUAUCGGUAUUCGGAGAACAACAAUCACACCUUCUUCUCGGUAUUUGCCAUUUUCUUCCCAUCAGUCACUGGCAUUCAAGCGGGUGCCAAUAUAUCCGGUGAUCUGAAGGAUCCAGCGAGCAGUAUACCGAGCGGAACUCUUCUCGCCCUUUUGCUCUCCAUGCUUAGUUAUGUAACUUUCGUCUUCUUUGCCGGUGCGGCGGCUGUCAGAGAUGCAGGUUGUUUGAACAAUACUAUCGCGGAAUACAAUUCUGGACAGAAUUGCACUUAUGGAUUGCACAAUAGUUACUCGGUCAUGCAAUUGAUGUCUGUUUGGGGUCCGCUAAUUUAUGCUGGAUGCUUCGCGGCUACCUUGUCGACGGCGCUAACAAAUUUACUGUCAGUGCCAAGGCUCAUUCAGGCUCUAGGUCAAGAUCGAAUUUAUCCUUGGUUGUUCUACUUUAGUAAAGGAUACGGAAAAUCCGGGGAACCCUAUCGAGGAUACGUUCUCACGUUUGCUGUCGCGGCUCUCUUUCUUUUAAUCGCCAAUCUCAACGCAGUCGCACCACUGAUCUCGAACUUCUAUUUAGCAUCGUACGCCUUAAUCAAUUUCUGCACUUUUCACGCAGCGCUGAUCCGUCCACUUGGAUGGCGGCCUAGUUUUAAAUACUACAAUACUUGGUUAUCUCUGCUUGGAUUUAUUCUUUGCGUGGCGAUCAUGUUCCUCAUCGACUGGGUGACUUCACUCAUUACCUUCGUCGUCAUCUUUGCGCUUUAUCUGAUAGUGGUUUAUCGUAAGCCGGAUGUGAAUUGGGGCAGCAGCACGCAAGCACAGACUUAUAAAACUGCACUUUCCAUCGUUUACAGAUUAAAUUCCAUCGACGAGCACGUGAAGAAUUACGCUCCUCAGAUCCUGGCGCUUACCGGUCCACCUAGUGCGAGACCCGCAUUGAUGCACUUAGCGAACCUGAUCACGAAGAAUCAUUCCUUGCUAAUUUCCGGCGAAGUCUUUCCGACACGACUUUCGUAUCGGCUACGCUCGGCGCGUUUAAGGAGCGGUUAUUCCUGGCUGCACCGACAACGUAUAAAAUCGUUCUAUCACGUGGUGGAGGAUUUAAAUCUGGAACGAGGCGCGGCUGCAUUGAUGCAGGCCACCGGGGUCGGCAAAUUAGCCCCCAACGUGGUCCUCAUGGGUUACAAGACUCAUUGGUCGACAUGCAAUCACAAAGACCUACAGGAAUAUUUUAACGUUCUUCAGCAACGGUUGCCGUCAUUUGAACAACGAGUCAGCCUCCCGAGUGAUAGUCUCAGUCUUUUCAUAACGCCGAUCGCGCUGAAGUGUUACGAUGAGCGUAAUCCGCGUGCGGUCAGCGUCGCACAACCAAAGGCCAACGGUCGGGGUCAGCAGAAGCUUCCAAAUGAAUCAUCUCGCAGUCGACAGCCAACACCGAUAAACCGACGAUCUUCAAACUGUUGCAGCAACAGUACCCACCGAAUUGAGAUCUUAAGAAUCUUUGCUCUUGCCAAUCAUAAGCAAGAUAUCGGUGCGCAAGAAAAAGAAAUGGAUGAAAUAAUGUGCAAGGCUCGAAUAAAAUAUAGCAGUUUAAAGAUGGUAGAUGACAUCAGCGUUGAACCGAAACAGGAGACCCUAUCUUUCUUCGACAAAUUAAUAUCCAACUUCCGAAUGAAUGAUUCUUCUGACAAUUCGGAAUGUUACGUUACCGAUUUCGAGCUUCAGAAUUUACGGGAUAAGACGUAUCGACAAUUGCGAUUGCGAGAAUUAUUGUUGGAGAACUCGAAUGAGUCCACCUUGGUGGUAAUGUCCUUACCGAUGCCAAGGAAAGGCGCAGUUUCAGCACCGUUAUACAUGGCUUGGUUGGAAGCACUCACAAGAGAUAUGCCACCGACGAUCUUAAUCCGCGGGAAUCAUACAUCCGUAUUAACGUUCUAUUCGUAGUCUAUUGAUUGUAAUCUAGAUAUAAUUAAUUAAUGUGAUUUGCGUCAAAUUGCUGACGCGCCGCGAAAAAGUCUCCAGUCUAAAGAUCUCUUUUUAACGCGGAGGCGCACAGUACAUAUAUAUAUAUAUAUAUAUGUAUAUAUAUAUAUAUAUAUAU